AUGCAGAUCUUCCUUCUUGGCCUUGACAACACUACGCACACGCUCGACGUGGACGCUUCCACCACCCUCUCCGCAAUCAAGGGAGCAAUCGGAGCCGGAGAAGAAUUCUCCAUCUCCUACGGAUCCAAGAUCCUCGACGAGGGACUCACUCUCGGAGAAUGCCAAAUUGAUAACCUCUCCACCCUUUCCGUCAACGGAAGACUUCUUGGAGGAAAGGUCCACGGAUCCCUCGCUCGUGCCGGAAAGGUUCGUGCUCAGACCCCAAAGGUUGACAAGCAAGACAAGAAGAAGAAGAAGCGCGGACGUGCAUUCCGUCGUAUUCAAUACACUCGUCGCUACGUCAACGUUGCCUCCGGACCAGGAAAGAAGCGUGGACCAAACUCCAACUCCUAA